AAGGAUCCUUACAGAGAAGCAACAGAUUAUCUGCUGAAAAACAACCUUUCAACCCCGCUGUUGAUCAAAUGUAUGGAAUUAUUCAAUGCAUGCGUACGCGUAUAUAAUUGUUUGGAUCACAUAACUUCUUGAUCUUGAAAAAAUAAGAAGAAAAAAAAGAACUUGUUUCAUUUGGUUGAGCUGGAUUUUUGUCAGUGUCAAUUUUGGAAAACUUUGAGCUUGAAAGGGUGAGAAAUAUGCGAUUUCCUAAAAAGUGAAUCAACAAUAUAAUGGAAUUUACCCACAAGCCAUCAUUUUAAAAGACACAUUUGUUGACUGAAGGGUGUCAGACACCCGGGAGAAAGUACAACAGGAAGAAUCCAGAAGGCUUUUUUUGGGGGGGAGAAAGAAACACUUGUAUUUCACACGGGUCAACUCAUCGAUGAAGCUUAUGAUCUGUGCCAAUUGCCAAAUGUGCACCACAUCACACUGGAACUGUCAUUAGAGGAGUUGUAAUUUAACAGGUGGUUUUAUGUAGCGUGCGCACCUUGGACUUGUUGGGCACAUCUACGGACUAGUGAGUAAAUGAGCGACAUCCUACUUAGAUCUAUCAUGAACUCUCCGCACAUUUAAUUUGUCCAGAAAAAAAAUAACCACCGACUAAAAUCAAAGGGCUAUACUGGGCGGUCUCUCGAUCUAAAUCUAUGAUUAGCUCGGUGUGUGUUUCGUCUUAUCGUGGGCGCAAGUCAGGCAACAAAGCUCCAUCCAAAACAUGUCUGAAAGAAGAGAUGGCGAGAGGGGAAGACUCAGACAAAAUAAUCAUCAAUGUUGGUGGUAUACGGCACGAAACCUACAAGAGCACCCUUAGGACCUUGCCGGGCACCCGUCUCGCAUGGUUGGCCGAUCCAGACCCGCAGGUCACCCCAGAAACGGACACUGAGGAGAUGUUUUUUGAUAGGCACCCUGGUAUUUUUGCGUAUGUUCUAAACUAUUACAGGACUGGUAAACUUCACUGUCCUGCCGAUGUAUGCGGACCCCUGUUUGAGGAAGAGUUGGCCUUUUGGGGAAUAGAUGAGACUGAUGUGGAGCCAUGUUGCUGGAUGACAUACCGGCAGCACAGGGACGCCGAGGAAGCAUUAGACAUAUUCGAACCCCCUGAUCCAGACGAUACUGACGAUGACAGAGAAAUACCCAGACGGUUCGGCAUCGAAGACUGCCAAGACAGGUCACGAGGAUGCUGUGAAGUUUGGCAACCAAAGAUAUGGGCCUUAUUUGAGGACCCUUACUCCUCUAAGGCUGCAAGAGGUGUCGCCUUUGCCUCUCUCUUCUUCAUCCUGGUCUCCAUUACCACCUUUUGUCUGGAGACCCACGAAGCCUUUAACGACCUGAUCAACAACACAGAUCUGGUGACAGUGGCCAACGUCACCACCACAGUGGUCACCUGGGAGGUUGUGACUAAGCCUGUCCUCAACCUGGUAGAGGGUGUGUGCGUGGUUUGGUUCACCUUUGAGUUCCUGGUGCGCAUCAUCUGUUGCCCAAACAAGGUCCUCUUUGUCAAGAACAUGCUCAACGUCAUCGACUUUGUGGCCAUCCUGCCCUUCUACCUGGAGUUGGGCCUUAGCGGCCUGUCCUCCAAAGCCGCUUCUGAUGUCCUGGGCUUCCUCCGGGUGGUGCGCUUUGUCCGGAUCCUUCGGAUCUUCAAGCUGACGCGUCACUUUGUGGGUCUCCGUGUGCUCGGCCACACCUUGAGAGCCAGCGUCAACGAGUUCUGCCUCCUCAUCAUCUUCCUGGCCCUGGGCGUGCUCAUCUUCGCCACCAUGAUCUACUACGCCGAGCGCAUCGGCGCCAAACCCGACGACCCGCGCGGUUCCAAACACACCCACUUCAAGAACAUUCCCAUUAGCUUCUGGUGGGCGGUAGUCACAAUGACGACACUGGGCUACGGGGACAUGUACCCCCAGACGUGGCUGGGCAUGAUGGUGGGGGCGUUAUGCGCCUUGGCGGGGGUGCUGACCAUCGCCAUGCCUGUGCCCGUCAUCGUCAACAACUUUGGGAUGUACUACUCACUGGCAAUGGCCAAGCAGAAGCUUCCCAAGAAGAAGAAGAAGCACAACCCGAACCCUGACGUUCCAACAGACUCAGUCUCCUUUGGGAUAUCCGGCACCAACUCUCCCAGGGACAGCACCCAAAGUGACACGUGUCCUCUGGCAGCUGAGGAGAGCAGUGGCAGAAACCGCUCAGACUCCCAGCAGAACGGAGACGCUAACGUGGCCCUGUCGGAGGAGGAGCGCUGCAGCCUGACCCAGCCCCUGUCUCCUAGCGACAAGUGGACCCUUCGGCAUUCCCGCGUGCGUGACAACAAGGCAAAGAAAGAAGCCACCUGCUUCCUGCGUACGUCUGGUGACUUCUCCUGCCCUGGAGAGCCCAAAAUCCGCACAGAGAGCUGCAAAGAUGUCCUUGCCGCGACAGGAAACUAUGCCAAACCUGAAGUGACCACACUGACCUGAAGCUGAUUGGCUGUUGAAAGGUUGACCUGUGAGCACAUGGGUUGAAUGGGUGUGCGCGGAGGUGGGACGGAGCAAUGCAGAACACGUCCUCUCUCACCAAGAUGAAAAUGGGAUUCUUGUUCACUUCUGUUACUCACUGUUACUCAUACAUACCCCACACACUUAUCUGAUACUUUAAGAGGUGUAGUUCUAUAAACUCAUAUGUCUAUCAAAGCAUUUCUGCAUGUAUGGCAUGAUCUCUCAUUCUAUGAUGUACUCUGAACCAGAACAGACUAGAUAGGGACUUAUUGACCUUCAGAGUAACUAAAUAUCUGAAGUGACGGAUAUGUCAUUGAUAUUUUGGUUACUUUAUGAGUUGCAAUUAUGAACCAAUAGAUCCAAAAGCAUUUUUCAAGAUAUUGCAAUCCAAAACUUGGGAUGAAUGAAGUUUUACAUUGUGCACAGUUUUUUGGAGUCUGCAAAACCAGAUCAUUGUUAAUUAAGAUGUCCUCUUUUCCUCCAUAAAUUGUGGUUAAUAAGAAUGAAGAUACACCGGAAAAGUGUGAAUAUCGCGUUGUACAGUCAAAGUUACUGUAAAUCUAGCUCCGAACACUUGAAAUCAUUGUCCCAAGUUGACUCCAUGAAGUCAGGUCAAGUACAGCUUUGUUUGAACUAAAACAAGUACAAAGCAUUUUGGUCUCUGGCUCAUGUUGUGUCUGCACUUCCUAAGGCAUCCUGGAGAGAAAGCAUGCAGACAGGGGUCAAGAGAGAACAUGUGACUAGCAGGGCUCCAACUUUCCCUGGUAAACAAAAUGUCAACCAAGUCUUGUACAAAAUAGAGGGGAAAAAAAGACCUCAGAUCUUACUGUGUCAUCAUUACAUUAGCUAUAAACCAUCCACUCAUCAUUGCUCGUUGACAAGGGACCAAAAGUAGGCUCUAUGAGAUUGUACAGUAGGUUUGUCAUCACCAUUGUUAGUUCAUACGUUGUAAUGCAUCGUAAAGACACAUUCUAUAACGUGACAGCAGUUCCAGUUGUGCCUAAUGUCGAGUCAUAGAGCUUGUGUGCAGUAAUGUAAACGUAGAUUUGUGCCAGAACUCUCAGUGGCUUGAGAUCUUUGUGUAACCCCGGCACAAGUUGCUCGGGGGAGAAAAUACAUAAAAUAAAAGAUUAUGGUUUCUUUCACAGGUGACUUACUAUAUUCCUCAUGGUCUACCAUAGUUGCCUUAUGUUUAAAUAAGCAGAUAGUUCCGUUUUUUUAAAUUAUAAUUUUCAAUCCCCACCGUUAUGCAGACACAAAUGUCUAUAUCUUUUAUGUAAACGUAAAAGCACAUUUGUAUGUAGCACAGUAUACUGAAGCAUUCCUAAACCUGUCAUUCUAUACAAACUGCUCAGCUAACUAAAUAAAUAAAAUGAAUGAUGAAAAAUAUAAUGUUUAGAUUCUUGUUCCAUUUGUCUAUAUUAUACAGCCUUCUUUCCUACUUUACUGUACAUUUUAUUUAUAGUGGGGAGAAAACAAUAGAUGAAUCCCAUGUUGUCAUCAUAGAUUGAAUAUGAAACAGUGGUGGUUGUGAAAUCAAACUCAGUUAAAGCUGUCAGAUGCCAUGUGUCUACACACAGAUGAUAUCUUGA